GUUCUGGGCACCAUCUUAUAGGAAAUAUAUUGUCAAGCUUGAAAGGGUUCAGAAAAGAUUUACGAUGUUGCCAGGACUGGGUGAUGUGAGCUCUAGGGAGAGGGUGAGUAGGCUGGGUCACUGUUCCAUGGAGCACAGGAGGAAAAGGGGUGAUCUUAUAGAGGAGUACAAAAUCAUGAGAGGAAUAGAUCGGGUAGAUGCACAGAGCCUCUUGCCCAGAGUAGGGGAAUCGAAGACCAGAGGACAUAGGUUCAAGGUGAAGGGGAAAUGAUUUAAUAGGAAACUGAGGGGUGAACUUUUCAUACAAAGGGUGAUGGGUGUAUGGAACAAGCUGCCAGAAGAGGUCGUUGAGGCUGGGACUAUCCCAUCGUUUAAGAAACAGUUAGACAAGUAUAUGGAUAGGACAUGUUUGGAAGGAUAUGGACCAAGCAAAGGCAAGAGGAACUAGUGUAGCUGGGACAUUGUUGGCCAGUGUGGGCAAGUUAGCCCGCAGGGCCUGUUUUCACACUGUAUCACUCUAUGACUAUAUUAUACAUGAGUACAUAUACUCUUCUGGAACAGCACACUGAAAGUUCACAAGUUAUAGGAAUAGAAUUAGGCCUUUCAGCUCAUUGAGUCCAUUCCGCCAUUCAAUCAUGGCUGAUUUGUGCCUCCAAAUCCCAUUUUCCUGCCUUCUCCCCAUAACCCUUGAUACUCGUCCUAAUCAAGAAUUUGUCUAAUUUAUAAUAUCCACUGACUUGGUCUCCACAGCCCUCUGUGGCAAUGAGUUCCACAGAUUAACUACCCUCUGACUAAAGAAGUAUGAUUUUUCACCACCUUACUUACCAUUCUCCUGUGCUGCAAGUGCAACAAGUUCUGUUCUGAUCGACGGUACAUUUUAAAAGUUAUUAAGGUUUAAAAAUCUUUAAAACCGUGCAUGCGCAGAUUGGUCUCCUCUCCUGUCAGUCAGUGCCGCGCAGAUUGGUCUCCUCUCAUGUCAGUCAACAUGGGACAGCGACGCCCCUUCCUCUCAUGACCUCUCCUGCCUCCCAGUGAAAAAGUUGUCCCUCAGGUUUGUAUUAAAUCCUGUCCUUCUCACCUUAAACAUACAUUCUCUCAUUUUGAUUUCCCUACGCUGGAUAAAAGACUUGGGUCAAAUGAAGUAGGAAUAGUGUUUAGGGAAAGUUGAUGUUGGUCAUAGUUCCUAUCUAUUCCAGAUUAUUAAAAUAAAUGUAGAUUCCAUUCCUGCCAGCGCGAUUUGUACUCAUCCAGUGAAGUGCCAUAGCAUGUCCUCGUGAUCGAUCAUUGGAAUCAAAUAGUUUUUGCUUAAGUCCACACUCCGCCACCUCCAGUUUAAAUUCCAUUUGGAAUAUUUUGGAGGAUCAAGAACCAAGAAUACCCCUUUCUGUCAUUUGCUCAGUGUGUUGUUUAAUUCGUGUAUGUGGAGCUUGUCAACAUUUAAAAACCAUAAAUUGUGUAAUUUAAUGUUAUUGCUCCAGACCUUAGUCCACCCACAUGGAGUGGGGAUUGGGGGCAUUGGAACAUUCCUAUAAUAAUGCAUGAAAUGACACCAACUCAAUACUGGAGCCGUGAGUCCUCCCGUCCUGGCGGGGGCGAUGAGGGACAGAACCCCAGGAUCACGGCGAGGCGGACGCUCUUGGGUUCCUUUCUGCCUCUUUUGUUCGUAACCGCCUCCCGAGGCGCCAUCGAGCGCUGCCCCGGCGCCGAUAAUGACGGUGAAGGCGGCGAUCGCGGCUGUGUGCAGGGUGCUGGCCGGGGCCGGGGUCGGGGCCCUCAGCCCAGAGGCUUUCCGCCAGGCCAAGUUCGAUAGGGAUGAGGUGACGACUGACUUCUGGAAGUUGCUAUAUUGUCUCCUGAAACUAGUCAGUGAAAAUAAGAACUGUGCAGUCACAGACUUGGGUCACCAGAUUGAAUAUGUGAAGGCUGCAGUUUGUUACUAUGGUUAUGGGUUCUUGGACUUCUAUCAGCUCCCUGCUGAUGGCAGUCGGGGCAGCCGAGAUCUCCUCCUGGUCUUCUCUUGGCUACUCCUGAAAAUCCACCUGUUUGAGAAGCUACUGGAACAGCAACGGCUACGUGUGGAGGAUCAGGUAUCACUCUGCACGUGCAGGCAGGCUGCUGCGGUAAGGCCCACAGAUAAAUCGGACAGUCCAGCAGGCGAGCACGCAGUGGGGAUGGAUGUGCGAUACCUGCAGUGGUUACAGGGAAAGCUGCGAUUCCGCUGGAAGAGUCUUCACAGUGCCCAGCAGGAGCGGUGUGCCACCCUCCACAAGAUACACUUGUACACCAGAGGAUGCCGCAGUGGGCAAAGCUUCAGUCAUUUGUUUGCAACAGAAACACGGUUAAUCCGAGAUCCUGAGCGAUGCAGUGAGUUUGUGCAGCUCCUGGAGCGUGAGAACAUGCGGCUGGAGGCGUACCUGGAGUGGAGGCAGCUGGAGCCACUAUUUUGGCAGUGGAUGGAAAGUGUGCUGGCAGCUAAGCUACAAGACACGCAGAACCCACGGGAUGAGAACAGUAUAGCAGCCACUGCACACUCACCAGCCCUGUCUGGUGACCACAUUGACUGUGUUACCUUCAAAGAAAUGGAUCAUCUCUCUAGUGAGAUCCUGAAGUUGCAGAUGAAGCUGCAAGAUGGGCAAAAGACCAAGAUCAAAACGACUGAAGACAAGGAGCGAGAAGUCCGAUCUCACACAGGGUGGGAUGAAUUUGUUUGUCCAACACAGUGUGACGUGGAAAAGAAGCUGGGAGUGUUGCAUGCCACAAUUAGCCACCGGAGGAGACAACAUGGCCAUGCCAGGUUGGCACUCAGAGACGAUUCUUCUGCCAAGAGUACAAAGUUUUCUGCGGCAAAACCAGACAUUGGGUGUCUCACGGCACUGGAGGUGAUCACACAGCUGAGAACUGAGGAGGCUGCGUUAAAGAGGGAGCUACAAGAAAUGCAGCAACUCUGCAAAGAAUCUCUUGGCGAGGUUGUGGAAAAGCUGGAUGGUGUGAUCUGCAUGCCUCCACUGUAGCUAGGAAGCCCUGGUGAUUUACAGGCCGAUAACUGGAGAGAGGUGACUGAAAAUAAAAGUCUAAGCUCAGCAGGCCCAGUCCUGUACUCACCCAAAGGGAGUAUGCAGUGAGAGUCAAGAUUGGUGUGUUGAGAUGCACCAGCCACUGAGCUUGGCUCUGUCAUUGAAAAGUAACGGAGAGGAUGGAGCAGUAAGGCUGCAAGAUGAGCUCCAGCAAGGUCCCUUCCACGCAGCUGCCUUCCAUUUGACUCCCAUCCAUGUGGCCCCCACUGGCUAAUGGUGCAGUGGCAUUGCAGCCCCAGGGGAGAUUGUUAGUCUCUUUCAGUUCCUGGUACAUAGAUGAGGGGGGAGACUGUGGCCUCACAGGACAAAUUUCACCGAAGAUCAAACACUUCAGAAUCGCUCAGUCCUGGUAUGAUUUUAACUCUUGUUCACACUAGUCCAUAGUUGAUGAAAAAUGUUGGUAUGUUUCUACACUGACUGGAUAAAAGGUUCUCACUGGACUGUCCUCCUGUUUGUACCUAGGAACUGAAGCAGCCCAUUGCCUGUUCUGGCAUUCAUUUGGUUCAGAGGUUAACUGUCUGCCAACUCCAUUUAGCUGUCUUGAUUCUUUAACCAUCUUUCAUGCCCUAAAAUGAAAGUCAAUUAUCCCUGAAAGUUGUUAUGAAAACCAGUCUCUGUGGCUUGUUAGUGGAGUAAACUCCACAUUUCCAUGCACUUUGUGCAGCACUUAGGGUUUUCAUUUUACCUUUUCUGGACAUUCUGAGUAAUUAUGUAAUAAAUCUUUACCAGCUAUCAGGUAAUACUUGUUCAUUGUGAUCUUAAUGAAUAAAGAAUGUAUGAUUCAUA